ACAAUUUUCUAUUUAUAAAACCGCCCCCCCCACCCUGAAUUCCCUCUGCGCCGUCUAGGCAUCGGCUUUAUAUAAGCAAGAAAAGAAACAAGAAAUUGCAAAAAAAAAAAUACUUAAAAUCUUGGGGGUAGCAAUGGCAAACAUCAACAUGAAGGCAAUGGCUUACGCCUUCAUGCUUGCCUUCGCUAUUCCUACGCUUAUCUUGUCCCCUCGCACCUCGGCCGAGCUUAAACGGUUCCAGCAGGAGGUUAAGGGCGAUGGGUCGUUGAGUUUCUUGGCUGUUGGAGACUGGGGAAGGAGAGGAUAUUUUAAUCAAUCUCUUGUUGCAUCCCAGAUGGGAAAAACAGGGAAGAGGCUUGGUGUUGAUUUUGUGAUUUCCACCGGAGAUAAUUUUUAUGAUAAUGGGCUGACCGGGGUUGAUGACAAGCUGUUCGAGGAGUCAUUUACAAACGUAUAUACUGCGAAGAGCUUGCAAAAGACGUGGUAUAGUGUUUUGGGCAAUCAUGAUUACAGAGGCGAUGUGCUAGCACAAUUGAGCCCAGUCCUUCGCCAAGUUGAUAGCCGAUGGUUCUGUAUGAGGUCCUUUAUCUUGGAUACAGAAAUUGCAGAGUUUUUCUUCGUUGACACAACACCAUUUGUCAAUGAAUAUUGGGUAAACGACGGGGGUCACAGCUACGACUGGAGGCAAGUUGCUCCUCGUGAAAACUACGUAUCAAGCCUCUUGAAGGAUCUGGACAUGGCAUUGAAACAAUCUACGGCGACAUGGAAGUUUGUAAUCGGGCAUCACGCCAUUAGAAGCGUUAGCGAGCAUGGCGAUACUCCAGAACUCAUAGAGCAUCUUCUUCCAAUUCUAGAGGCUAAUGGUGUGGAUUUCUAUAUCAACGGACAUGACCAUUGUCUUGAGCACAUUAGUAGCAAUGACAGUCCUAUCCAAUACCUUGUUAGUGGAGGGGGAUCAAAGGCAUGGAGGGGUGUUUACAAGCCAAACAAGGACAAAGUACAAUUCUUUUAUGAUGGUCAAGGGUUCAUGUCCAUGGAGUUGACAAAGAUUGAUGCCAAAGUGACUUUCUAUGAUGCAUUUGGCAACAAUUUGCAUGAAUUUAGCAUGACUAAAGAUAUGCACCCAACAUUGUAGAGGAGAGUUAAGUGUUGUAUGAGCUUUUGUACACAAGAAUUGAUGGAUUUGUUGAACAGAUUGGCUAAAGGCUUGAAGGCAGAGGUUAAGGCAUAGAGGGGGAUGUGGAUAGUGUAUUGUACUGGUCCUCUCAUUUGCAACAUGAUGUUAGUGUAUUAGAUUGUUUUAUUGAUUUGAUUAUAUAGCAAACUGUCAUUUGCCUUGUUCU